AUGGAGAUUCGGAGGAAGGCAGGGAUAAGGCAAAAUGCAACUGGGUUUCUAAGCAUGGGUAAUCAAAAUGGUUGGUGGAGGGCAGGCAUCCACGAUGCUAUGCCUCAAAUGAAUGCAAGCAAGCAGCCUGACGAGCUGGCGGGCGGCACGACGCAAGUACAGCGAUAUAAGGUCAUGGGGAGUAACAUUGAUAAACAGGAAGAUAAAAAGUAUCAAGAGCCAUUCAUCCAAACGCAAAGACGAAAAUGGUAUGGAAAAAGGGGUAUGAAACAAAACGACACCAAAAUCGUGAAGGAAUGA